CAAGCUUUGGCUUUCAGUUGAAGCUACGACGGCAAUGGCGGCGAUUUCCUCUGUAAUGAGCUUCUUCUCACUCUCUCAGACAUAGGGUUUGGUUUUUUUCUCAUCAACCAAACAGAGGGAACCAGUAAUUCUUCGGCUGUUUCAUCUUAAACACCAUAAAACCCGUCUGCUUUCAUCGAUAGCUGGAUUUUCUUGAUAUCUAAGAAGACACCACGCUGAUACCAUGAGAUGAAAAUGAGAAGAAAGUGUAGGGUUUGGUGGCCAAAGCAGCUCUCUUUGUGUAGACCAUCAUCCUCCACUGCCCUUUUUGGGUGGUUCGUUUCCUGCUCUUCGGCUUCUCUGGAUGUCGUUGUAGCCCACGCUGCUGAUGAGGUUUUACUGUCUAAAAACGAAUCUGGUCUUCAGGGGAUCCUCCAUUGUACGAAUGAAAACAUGCCUGUAUUUCUUCAAGAAACAUCAGCUUUCACUACUCUGGGUCACUGUGCAGCAGAUUUUAGUUGUAACGGCCAAUUGUCAAGCAUUGAAAUGGACAAAGAUGAUCAAAGAAAGUCGAACAUUCAUGGCCAUAUCAAUUUGCAGAAUUAUCAAGACGGAUUUGGAGAAAAUUAUGGACAAUGGAGCUGCGGAUGUCAGAAACUUGGCGAGUUAUUAGAACAAUGUAGGCAAGCUUCUAUUGGAAAUAGUAACUGGAUGCAGUUCAUAUAUGAUUCUCAUGAAUAUUUUGGUAGUGAAAUUCAUUGGAUUCCUAGAUUGCAUCACAUACAUUGGAACGGGCAAAUAGUUUUUGAUUGUGAUGUUCACGUAGUAGUGUAUGAGACUCCUAGAUUUGGUGUCCACCAUUUCUUGUUGUGUUUUGGAAGUUCUUCUGAGCAAGUAAAAAAUCUUCUGAUGAAACCCAAGUGGGUUAAUGAACUUCACCAAAAGCAGUCGCUCCUUGACCUGGAUGCUGUGAUCUUGGCAAUCAACAGUUCUAAUGCUGCUAAAAUAUUCUUUGAUAGAAAUGUGCGGCCCAAAAGAUCUUCUGUUCAGUUCCCCAUUGUCUGCAUGUUCUCUGCCUUAAUAUGGAACCUACUUGCCAUCUCCGUGGCUUCAUUUUCCACUUUAUUCUAUAUCAUUCUUCAGCUUCUCAGUCGUUUUGCAAGUUAUGGUUCGGAAUCAUGGAUAUGCAUCAUAUUAGCAAAGGCAUUCUGUAAUACGUGGAAAAAUAUCCGAAUCCGCUGUUGUCAGAUCUUGUAUUGGCCAAUUUUCCUUAGAGGGGAUUAUCACAGGUCCCUGUCAUGCGUGGAAUAUGCGGAGAAAGCUGCAUUACAUAGGCAUGCCAUGUGGUCAUGUAUCGUGGUUGAUCUUUUUUUGGGGAGCUUGAUUGGGUUGGCAUUGUUAUUUCAUGCAGAAUCUGCUUGCUUAUGUGUCUUGAAAUUUGCACACGAUAUUACGAACAAUUUAUUGCGUUCAGGCUGUGUGUGGUUGAUGGGAGUACCGGCUGGAUUUAAGUUAAACACAGAGCUGGCAGGAAUUCUUGGCAUGAUUUCUUUUAAUGCAAUCCAAAUCUGGUCUACCCUCUGGUUCCAUAUGGGUUUCCUCUUCAUUUAUUUCAUUAAAGGGCUUGCCAUAUCUGGGAUUAUUUUAGGGGUGACCAUACCUGCUGCUCUGAUGAUAGACAUGAUUGCACUGGCAACACUACAUGUGUCAAGUGUAAAUUGGUUCCUCUCACUCUUGUAUUCACUGCAGAUACAAGCCUUAGCAGCUCUAUGGCGCCUUUUCGGGGGUCGAAAGUGGAAUCCUCUUCGUCGAAGGCUCGAUAGCUAUGACUACACUGUAGAGCAACACAUAGUUGGAUCACUUCUAUUUACACCACUAUUACUUCUACUACCAACAACUUCUGUUUUCUAUAUUUUUUUCACCAUUCUGAAUACAACCAUCUGCCUUCUUUGUAUACUGGUUGAGAUCACUAUAUCUAUAAUACAUGCUACACCUUAUAGCAAAAUUUUCCUUUGGUUGAUGAGCCCGAGAAGAUUUCCCUCUGGGACAUGGCUUGAAAUUAUCUCUUCUCAGAGUAAUGCCAUUGAUUCUCCAGAGAUUGGGUGCCUUAAUGAAAUUGGUUCACCAUCUACGGGUACACAGCAAAGAAAGGAUUCAAGUGAAAGGAGAUCCAGUGUUUUGGUUUCAUUUCUUCGCAGCAACCUUUUGAACAUAGGACAAAUACUGUUACCUCACUAUAAAAACAUGUUUUCUGGUGUUCGUGGGUCAUUUAUCACGUCAUCAGCUCGUGGUUUGCUCACUGGGAGAAGAAUGCCAUCGACUUUGGGGACUGGUCUUCCUGCACCAAUGCCAUGGAUGUCCAUCCCCUACAAAGAGUAUUGGCGCCUUUGUCAUGAUUCAGUUAUUUCAGGCAUGCAGAACCCUGAACAUCAUCUGAUUCAGUGAUCGGUCUCCAUUUAUCUGAUCUAACUUCAUCCUCCACUCCCUGAGGUGUUCCUGCCCCAAUUUUCAUUCUUUUCAUUGAUUACAUUAACUAAUAUUACGGGUGUCUCCAUUGCAAUUUUAGGGUAAAUGAUAGACAUUUUUGUUGAAUUUUGGAAGCUAGUUGUUGUAGACCAUGUUUCUGUGCAUUUGUUACAAAAUGUUCCCCAGAAACUGGUUAGAAUCUAGAAGCUUGUUAGAGAUAAACAAAGUGUUAUUCAAUUGCUUCAAGUAUAAUCACCUUGAAAUGAA